AUGAGACAACCGCUACGAAGGAAUCUGCUAUGGAUCAUGGCCAUCAUGGCCCUGUUGAUCCAGGGCGUUGUUGGAUUCACUCCAUUGCAUCGUCCAGAUUGUGCGACUGCCUCCACCACGGAACUAUCCAUGGCAUUGGCCCUGCCAACACCAGGGAGCAAGAAGAGGAAGAGCAAAUGGUACGAAGAAACCUGCGGAUUGGCUCGGCGAAAAGUGUACCAGGAUGAUUACUUUCUAGACUACGAUGUUACGGCGGCUCCCUUUCGCGGUAUUCCAAGCGCCCCUCUGAUCCUUCCACCUUCCAGAGAACGAAAGCGAGACAAGUUGCGUCGUGCUGCCAAAUGGACCUGGCAAGCAGUGAGACGAAAAAGCAAUACUGAUUCCAUCGAGUGGCAUUCAUGA